UGAGAAUAUUGAGACAAGGGUUGACUUGUCAAAAGUUAAUGUUGACACAAUGAAACCAUGGAUAGCUACAAGAAUCACAGAAUUACUUGGAAUGGAAGACGAUGUUAUUAUAGAGUUUGUUUAUAAUCAGCUAGACAAUAGGAGGUGAUCUUAAUUAUUCGAACGCCUUGAUGAAUUUACGAGUGCAGUCAAGGAUUUGCUCUCUAAACAGCCAGAUUCAAGAUAAAAUGCAUUAUCAAAUAUGGAAAAGGAUCACAUAGAAUAACAACAAAUCACUUGGUUUGUAUCUACUUUUUUCCGAUUUUUAUAACGCAUCGAAUCUCAAGAAAAACUCUUUGGAUACUGGCCGAGGAUUUUAUCUUGACAAUCGAAAAGUGAAGUCUGACAUUUGGAAAUCAAGAAUUAAACAUUAUGGCAUGACCGCAGGCCAGGAAAACAGAAUAAUAAUUUUUACAGAUAUGAGGAAGAUUUAUAUAUUCAAGGAAUGGAAUGGGUUCUGUACCUUCAACACAAGAAUAUAAAAAACAUAACACUUGUAAAGGACAUUAUGUUUAUUGUAAGCAAUCGGUAAUUUCUGUGUACAGAAUAACAAAUUUGUGUUCUUUUUCUUCUUUUUUCCCCAUCAUUGCUUAUGAAAUUUUAAUGACCUUAAUAAGAUACUUGCUUUAUAGAGAAAAUAAUUUAUGUUUUAUGUCAGUGUUAAUUUCAUAGCGGGUUCACAAGACAAUUGUUCCUUUGCAGUUAUGAGGUAGGGAAUUUUUAAGCAACUGGUAAAUUAACAAAGCUUUUAAGCCAAUAUUAAUUUUAUAAACACCUUAAAGGUGGUAGGAUAUAGCUUACACAUCAGGAUUGGGGAAAAAAAUAGCAUCAUGUCUAAAAUAUAUCUGAAAUGUAUUUAUUUAUGAAAAAUAACUUUAACAAAAUAAAUUACCCUGUUAAGCAAAAUGCAUUUUAGAAGUGAAAUUAUUUUCAUUGAAGAGCUCUAUUUUAAUUGGUAAGUUUCAAAAUGUAUUCACUUUUUCAAAAUUUAUUUCAUUUUUUUGCAAUUAAAAUGAAUAGCAUGGUUUUGAUAUGCUCUGCCUCAUAAACAUUUUUUCAUGUUUUACUGUAAGCAUCCUACUACCUUUAAUAGUUAGAAUCUCUGAGAGGAGAAGUAAUGGCAUGAUCAGUUGCCAGUAGUAAUAAAAAGACUGUAUUGACUCAUUAAAGUCAUCCUUAGUGUCUUGUUUUAAGCGAAAGGUUGUCAUGACAAUUAGUAUUUCAGUUUCAUAUUCCUCCAGCAGUAAACACCAGGCAACUGAUAACUUGAGCUUUUAAGACCUUAAAACAUUAAUUUUGCUUAAUAUAGUAAUGGAAGUGUAUGCUGGGUCUUUUCUGUUUGAGCUGUGAAAUACAAGAUUUAGAAUAAAUGCUUGUUGAGAUUCAGUGACUUAAUAUUUGAAAAAUAAAUUAUAUAGUUUACUGUGAAAGAAACUGCAUUCUUAUUUUCCUUCUAUUUCAGAGAAAAGGUUGUUUAACUGAUUAUUGGUAACAUAUUUUCGAUAAAAACGAACAUAAGCAGUAUUAAUUUCUCACUAUUAAUGCCCCUUUUCUUCCCCUGUUUCGUUGUAGUACCCUGACCCAAAGGAGAUGCAGAUAAAUUUGACUGGUUUUUUAAAUGCAAAGAAUGCUCGUGUGUUUAUGGGUGAAUUGUGGGAGUUGUUGUGUAGUGCUCAAGAAAAUAUUGGUGGAAUUCCGGCGAAGUUUGUGGAACAGAAAAAGGAAGAAAUAAAAAAGAGACAGGCAGAGCAGGAGAGAAUUCAACAGAGUUUGAAAGUAUCUGAGGAACAAAUUAGGAAUGCCAUUAUGAAGGAAAGAGAAGAGGCAGAGAGAAGGGAGCGUAAAAGUUCAUCUCCAAGAAACAGACGAGACAGAUCUAGGUCGCCAAGACGUAAAAAACGUGAAAAAAGUUCAUCAAGAUCUCCAAGGAAAGAUUCAGAAAAGUCUGGAGACAAAUCAGCUGACAAAACAGCUGAGAAAUCUGACGAUAAAACAGACUCUAAAACAGUUGUAGAUGGUCACACACCAGUUCCGUUAGUGCCAUUAGAGGUUAAAGAAGAUGCAAAAGAUUCAGAUGAACCUAAAGAAAACGGUGAAAAAGCACCUGUUACUACAAAUGGUGAAACUGAAGAAAAAUCUGCAUCAGACAAAGGGGAUAAUGAAGAAAAAGAUGAAAAGGAAAAAGAUGAGAAAAAAGAGACUGAUGGAAAAAGUGGGAAAAGUCGCAAUAGAUCUAGGUCAAGGUCACGAGAUAGGAGGAGAAGGAGUAGGUCAAGGUCAGGAGAUAGGAGGAGAGAUGACAGAGAUCGAGAUAGAGACAGAAAAUAUAGCCGAAGAUCAAGAUCCAGAUCUCCGAGGCGUCGAUCUCCUCCUAGAAGAUCACCACCCAGAAGAAGAUCAAGGUCACGAGACAGGGAUAGAAGGAGGUCACCACCAAGGUCACGUACACGUAGAAGUCCUAGUCCAAGGAGACGUUCACCAUCACCAAGAAGAAGAUACUCCCCUCCACGUAGACAGAGAUCUCCAUCACCAAGGAGACGAAGGGAACCUAGUAGAGAAAGAGAGAGGGAGAGGAAGAGAUCACCCCCACAGCCUCCUAAAAGAAAAGCGAGGUCUCCAAGUAGUUCAGACAGUGAUUCUGAUAGCUCAGAUUCUGACGGUCCAGCUGCAAAGAGACCUCCAAAUACUAGAAAGCCAAUGAUGGAUGAGAGUGAUGAAGGAGAAGAUGGUGGUAAAGUCGGAAUCCAGCAGAGACGUACAUACAGGAGGCAAAGAGAGGAACCAGAGGACUCUGACUCGUCCAGUUCUUCAUCAUCCUCAUCAGACGAUGAGGCACCGCCACCUCCAGCAAGACGUCGUGAGCGAGAUGAGAGACGGCUACCUUCACCAAGACGAGAUGACAGGUACCGCAGAUAUCCAUCUCCACCCAGAUACAGGGAUGAUCGUGAUCGUUUUAGGGAUGAACGAGAGAGGUAUGAGAGAGAGAGAUUCCGAGAUGAUAGAGACCGAUUCAGAGAUGAUCGAGACAGAUAUGUUGAUCCUAGGAGACAGAGGAGUCCACCAAGACGAAGGUCUCCAAGAGGCUCAUUUGAGGAAGAUGUUAGACGAAGGAGAGAUAGUCCUCCUAGGAGGGAGCGUCGUAGAUCUUCCCCAUCUCCUCAAAAACGUAGAUUUAUAGAGAGUCCUCCAGAUGAGAGACGAAGACGUAGGAAUGAAGUAGAGUCACCUCCACCAGAAAAACAAAGAAGACGCAGACGAGAAACUGAGUCAGAUGAAGAAAUGCAGCAACAGUUACGUAGAAAGAGAAGAGAAUCACCAGAGCCUGAACGGCGAAAAACAAAACGAGUCCCAGUGAAAGAAGAAUCUUCAUCAGAUGAAGAUUCUUCUCCUGAGAGACCCCCAGGUAAACAGAAAUCCAGACGACGGGACUCAAGUUCAGAGUCCCCAGAACCAAGAAAACCAUCCCGUAAACAAAAGUUACCGCCCCCUAGAAAAAAAGCUGAAGCUGAUAGUGACAGCUCUAGUGAUGAAAAUGAUUCCCAGGAAAUUAGAAAGGUGAAAAAAGAACCUUAUUCACCUAUGAAUGAACAUAGAAGCAAAGUAAAAACUGUGUCCGAUUCCCCAAAAAGGAAACCAUCUCCGGCAGCUAGAAAAUCCGCAUCAAAACGUGAACUUUCUGAGCAGCUCUUGUCUAGAAAGAGAAAUUCUAGUAGUGAAAGGGAGGACAGCUCACCUGAUAUUCGUCGUCGUAGGAAGAGUUCAACUAAUUCUCCAGAGCGUAGAGAAGUAGUUGUGAAAAGAUCAAGGGAAAGCGAAAGCUCCCUAAAACGUAAAAAGGAACCUUCAUCUAGUCCUCAUGAAAGAAGACCAAAGAAAUCUAGGUCAUUCUCUGAAGGUUCAGAUCAUGGAGGUGAAAAACAUAUGGAAGAUUCAGAUGAGUACAGAAGAGUUGUAGUGAUGAGGUCAGAAAGUAGAGAGGAACGUGCAGUUCAUCAGACAUCUAGGGAAGAUGCAGGGAAACACAAGAAACCAGCAGCAAACUCUGAUUCAGGGCAGUCUGGCUCAGAUGAUGGCAAGAAAAAGAAGAAAAAGAAAGAAAAGAAGCACAAGAAACAUAAAAAGCACAAGAAACAUAAGCAGAAGAAAGAAGUAGUGGAGUCGGAUAGUGAGGGUGGCCAAACAGGAGAUGGUGAAGAACUGGAGAAGACCCUCAGAGAGAAAGCCCUGCAAUCAAUGAAACAACGGGUGUCCAGGGAAAGCCCGCCAGAUGACUCCUCAGAUUAAAUCGUCCUCAUUAUUCACUUUGUGACAAUUUACAAUUUUUUUGUCCAAGACAAAUUGUGUUGUUUGUUUGUCUGUAUUCAAGAAAUGAAAUGAUCAUGGUUUCAUUAUAGAAUGAUGAAUUGUGUGCUAGAAAAAAUGCUGUACAUGUUGCUUAUGUAGAUAUCAGGAAUUAACAUUCUACUUGAGAAAUGAAGUUGUUACAUGUAAUUCCAUUUUGUUCCCAGAUUUGUUGCAUUCUUGGUAUUGUAAAUUAAGAUUCUAUUUAGAGGGGAUUUUUUAAUUAUUAUUUUUUGUUUAUUCUUCCAUUUGCUGUUCUGAAUCACUGAGCAUUCCUACUAAUUUUUAAAGCAAGUUUGCAUUCUAUUAGCUUUUUAAUUAUCGUAAUUGUAUACCUAGAUUAAUUUUGAGUUUCAUUAUUAUUUUUAUCAUGAAUCAAGCUUUAGAUCACAUAAAUUUUGGAUGUAAGCAUUGAUGUAUCAUUUUGUCCCCCAGUGAAAAAAUGGACUGCUGGACAUUUGCCCCUCCCCUCCCAGUUUGGAAUUGACAUUUGCCCCCCCACCCCCUAUAUGUUUUUGUCCCCCAGUGAUUGUUUAGGAAUUUAAUGUCCUGGGGGCAAAUGUCUGGAUCCCUUACUCAAGACUAGUUGAAGUUUGAUGACAUUGCGAAAUUAGAAUCUUGUUCUGACGAGUAAACUAAUUUUGUUGGAAGAUUUAUUUACUUGGACAUUUUUCUUUUUUUUCCAAACAGAUGAACGAGAAAUUUAAUUUCAAACUAUCGAGAGUGAUCAUACCUAACUUGGUCGUAAAUGUGAAAGUUAAGGUAAACUUGUGCAUGUUGAAACAAUAACACAUUUUUCCUACCAUGUUGAAAGUGGUUAAUAUUCACCCUUAGGUAUUAUUUAAUAAAGACCUAAAAAAUUAAAAUAUUUAGCAUUUGGUUAAUUAUCUAUGAUGAUAAAUGAAAGUUUUGUCUGUCUUGUUAGUUUGAGUGUUGGAUUUUUUUCUUUGGGAUGGGAGUGUAUGUUGGACAUAUGAAAAUGGGUCACUUAUUGAAGAGAAGUAUUGAAACUUACACACUUGGGGGAGCAAGUUUAAUUCUUGUGAGAUUUUAUUUCUGUGAUGAUUUGACCAAUGUUAUUACAGAAAACAGUUUUCAUAUGCAGAUUACAGAAUGUUAGCAUGUUUGCAAGUACUUCAAACCCCUCACCUUAAGAAAAUUAGGCAGAAGUUUCGGCAGUGUUAAUAUCCUUUGGACACCAGUGAAUGCCUUUAGUUUUUAAACAUAUUUUUUUCUUCUUGGAACCAGGCAGAUAACUUCAUGAAAUACACAUGUUUACAUUUUUGAUUUGUUGAAAACUUGAACUUUCUUUUUGUGUAUUUAAAACAUGAAUGUUUUUACAAUGGAAAGCAUAAUUUUAGUGAUAAUAUUACAGUAGAUUUGCAAUAAUGUCCAUUUUCUAUUUUCAUCAACAUUCAGGGACUGUAGGAUUGUGCUCUUUUGGCUGUCAGUGUAUCUACGUUUUCGGGCCUAGUCCGUAAUUUUGCCAUCUACUGAGGAAUUUUAUUAUGUGACUGAAAUGUUCCCCAUUAUUUGGCCUUGUGCAACUCCCAGACCCUUAGUUCAAAGAGCAAGGUCAAAGGUUACCGUGAUAUCACAGGGUCGUUUCAUGUGCACUCGUAACACUGCCAUUUGUCAAUGGAUUUUAUUAUACGUUGGCACGAAUGUUUCAAAGGUGACAUGUCUACAGCAAUGCCUAGACCACUAAAUCAGAAAUAAAGGUCAGACUUUGAAGUAAAAAGAAAAUUAAGUGGUCAGUGACUUUGCCAUGAACGCUAGAUAUGCAAAUGAUUUGACCUAAACUGUUGUCACGUUCAAGAGUUCAGGUCGUACUUGGAGGUCAGCGGUUUACUGUGUUUAUGUCUGCUAUAACUCUCCGUCUAUGAAGGGAUUUUAAUGUCAGGUGAUGCAUGUUCCUACUAACAAGAGGAUGUGUCAUGCAUAACAAUAGUCAAAUGCACACUUGAAGGUCAAAGGUUAACAAGGUCAAUUUUGUGUCUACUUGAUAACUUUGCCAUUCAUCAUUCAAGGAAUUGCAAUAUUUCUUGUCCAGUCUGUGACUUUAACAUGCAUAGAAUAACUGCAUGAACAAACAAAAUAAAUUGAUGUUCAGAAUCACUUGCCUUCAGUAUGAAAAAGUAGUUUUUACAUUUUUCUCUAUUUUCCAGCCAAUUCAAAAGUGAAAUGUUAUGAAAAAGAUUUCUUAUAUUAAUUGAUGAGACCUUAUUAAAAAGAUUUUUUUAGUAUUAACAGGUAUUUAAAAGCAAUUUUCAGACAUGCAAAUUCCAAAAAAAAAACCACGAAAAAAACGAAAAAGAAAAUCGACUUUUUGAAUUAAAUAUUUGUAUUAUAGAUAAUUCCUUUUUUUUUAAAAAAUGAAAGGGGUAAGUAAUCAAGAACAAUGAAUCAGUCUUAGAUUAUCUAUAAAGUAUUUUCUUACAGUAUUUAGAUUACAUGAAUUUAGCAAUGUGAGUCUUUGUUUGUACCCUAAAAUGGUGUUUGGGUUUGAACUUUAAGGUCUGUUUAACUACACUGUAAGAAUAUGCUGGAAAGAAUAAUCAUAUCCAUAGUAAAUGUAUUAUUAGUAUGCAAUGGAUAGAAAGUUUUAUUAGUUGAAGUUCUGCUGAUCAUGUUUGAUAACAUUUUGGUCUCUGCCUUCUGGAUUAAUCUAGUUAAGUUUUGACCAUUGUUCCAUGUGCCCAUUCUUCUGAAACAUUUCUGCUUGAUGUAUUCUACACAAAAUUACAUUGUGAUAAUCGUAGGUCUGCAACGGCGGAAUCGAAAAGUGCUAGAACACAGUGAAUUUAAAGGAAAAGUUGUAAACAUGUAUUUAACUAAGUAUUUGUUUUUAAAUUUUUAGCUUUCAUUAUACCUUACCAGUCAGUUCGUUACUUAAUGUAUUGAUUGACCAAAUAUGGGUUUGAAUGGUUACUGUAGGUUGCAGAUAAUUUAAUUUUAAUGUUUGCUUGACUAUGCUGUAUUAUCACAUAAUUUAAUUUCGUGUAACCUAUACUAGUACCAUAUUUCUUUAAUUAUGCAAUCUUGUUAAAAUAUGGUCUUUGUAUUCACAGUGUAUAUUGAUUAUGAGACAGGUAGGUAAAUAUGGCCCUUUCCCAGAGAAACAUGCCCAGACUAGGCGUUAUCAUAGGAUGCAUUACUAACAUAGUAGAAAUUCUACAUUGAAAAGUAAUCGUUUUGAUAGAUGUGCAGAUAGAUUAUAAAUUAAUGAAUGAAAUAUGUAUAGAUAUGUCUGUAUACAUGUAAACAGUAUAUGUCUUCGGAAUAUAUUUCCAUUUUUUGAUAUGAUCAUGUUACUGUUUAACUAGAUGCAGCAGAUGGCAAAUAAAGAUUUAAAAAGGAUAA